AUGGACCAAUUUGAAGGAGAAAACAGCAAUCUAGAAGAGCUUGUUCUUCCAUCUGGGUGCAGGUUCAACCCAACCAAUUCGGAGCUGGUGGUUUAUUAUCUGAAGAGGAAGAUAAUGGGAGAGCCACUUCCAGUUCAUGUCAUCCCUACAGUUGAUGUUUACGCUUGCAACCCAGAACGACUUCCUUUCAGUCUGUUUAAGCAUGGAAAACCACAUGAAUGGUUCUUCUUUUCUAACCGAAGAAAAGGAAAAAUAUUAACAGAAGGUGGCUACUUUGAUCUCUCUUCUUCUGCUCGUGAAGCAGUCUAUGAGAGAAGUACUGGACCUACUGGCUCCAGAAAAACUAGUGAGCUUGUUGGUUUUUUGCGCAGACUAGAUUUCUACAAUGGAAGGCCACCUGCAGGAACAAAAUCUAAAUGGACAAUAGAAGAAUUUAGAGUUAAUCCGAGUACAGUUAAAGUGAAAAAUGAUGAUCGCUCUACUAAAAGAAAGGUUUCAAAUCUAGUCGUCUGCAAAGUUAUUAACAAGGAGCCUCCACCAAAACCUGAAGGGUGGAUUGAGAUACCAAUAACAAUUUGUGAAUCAGGGCAAGAUAAAGAAUCUGGAGUAGAUAAAGAAUAA